AUGGAGCGAGUAGAUGUAUCAGCCAGCGUCCCUCCCCUGUCCCCGUCCUCUAGUGCCCUUAGCUUCGAAGAGCUCGACCUUGCCGCCGAUCCUUAUCCCUUUCAAGCUGUCGAGCCCAAGUGGAACACGGUCAACAAGGCACAGACAUGCGAGGUCGAGGACCUGCCACAACUGCAAACAGCUCAUGGCGACCCGGAGGGUCUGGACCCGAUUGGCUUCGACGGCUUGCAGCCGGGUAGCUUCGACUUGGUGAACCCAGUAGAGCCAAACCGAGCUGGAGGCGGCAAAUAUGAACUUGAGAAGCGAUCUGAGCUGCUCUUCUCCAGUCGUCAUCUGGAAGCAAUCUUCGACGACCCAGCAUAUCUGUAUCGAUUCGCAAGGUUUCUCCACCAGCAUCGGCCUGCAUCCGUUCCACUUCUCAGCUACUACAUGGAGAGUCUGAAAGCCCUCAAGGCCAUCAACUACAGCAAUGCCGUGCUGAGAGAACUUGGUCCGUUGACCGAGUUCGACUCGACAGAGGAGACUGCCCUGGCGCAUGCAACUGCCAACAAAGAGCUUGAGACGUAUGCUCAUGCGGCCUUUGAGCUUUUGGCGAGGGAAGAUCUACCCAUGUACAUCACACACAUUUGGAUUCAGACCGUGACGGUCUCCAUCAGACACAGGAUCAAGGGGCUGCCGCGGCCGGCAUCAGAAGGCCUGGCCGAGGUCUUCUGUCUCACGGACCCAUCCCGGCCCGACAAUCCCAUUGUCUUCAUGACGGAGGAGUUCAACAGGACCACGCAGUACGGAGUGGACUACGUCAUUGGACGCAAUUGCCGAUUUCUCCAAGGACCGAGCACAAGUCCCUUCAGCGUGAAGCGCAUCCGAGACAGGCUGAACGCCGGAAUGGAGCACUAUGAAACGUUUCUCAACUACAGGCGAGACGGUUCGCCUUUCAUGAACCUCGUGAUGCUCGCGCCGCUCUAUGACAGUCGGGGCGUCAUACGAUACUUUUUGGGAGCGCAGGUUGACGUGUCGGGUCUGGCGAGGGAUUGCUAUGGCCUCGGAGCCCUCAAGAAGCUCGUCACCGAAGACGAAGGCGAGCCAAAGGAGCAGCCGGACCCUGCCACCACCACAUGCAACCAAGACGAGUUCACGCAACUCGCCGAGUUGCUUGGGCGCCGAGAGCUCGACACUGUACGAGAACACGGCGGUCGGAUGCACGAGCCGCCGUUCCAGCAGACGGGAGCGGGACCGCGUCGCUUUCAAGAAAAGCCGUCGUCGAAUCCAACCGCCAACAACGCCUACGAUAUUGAGCCUUACAAGGAAAGCGGAGCGGGCAAGCAUCGGGUCAUAUUGAAAGAUCCCGAACCCCAGGGCCAGAGCACAGUGGCGGGCGAGCAUGGUCAACAGACCGAUGCUUCGGAGCAACCCACAUCGCUGGCACUCAAGCACAACGGCCGACUCGCCGGUGUAUACGAAAACUACGUUCUCGUACGGCCAUACCCGUCGCUGCGCAUCCUGUUCACAAGCCCGUCCAUGCGAAUGCCCGGGAUUCUCCAAUCGCCCUUGCUCGACCGAAUUGGCGGCUCGGCCCACAUGCGAGAUCAACUGGUACAAGCGCUUGCGGAGGGACAGGGCGUCACCGCAAAGGUAACUUGGCUCAGUGGAUCGCAACGACCGCCGCAGUUCCAGCCGCCCAGGCGGAUGACGCCCUACAACCACCCGCUGGAAGCGCACUUGGGCUUUGAUGACGAUACCGACACUCUGAUAGAGCCAGAGCCACAGGGCCGGCCGCGAUGGCUGCACUGCACGCCGCUGGUGGGUUCGAAUGGGAAAGUCGGCGUGUGGAUGAUUGUGAUUGUCGACGAUGAGUCGGAACAUGAACACAACAACGCCAGCGGCGGCCGGGCAGCCAGUACGAACCACAACAUGACACCGGAGCGGCGACGGCCUGGGUCGGCCAUGUCGGACAGAUCGACUUCAGCCACCAAGGAAUCCAUGGACAACGUCCACGACGAACACAUCAUGUCGCAGAUGCAGAGAGCACGGCCGCGACGAUCGUCGGAGACUCUUGGAACGUCCUCGGCAAACACGCAGUCCUGCGACGACGGAGCGCCGCCAGCGAGACGGCGUCCGGCCGCCUUCACCAUUACUCCGCGGACGCCACGGUCUGGCCAAACCACCCGACUUCCUGCGCGCUUCUUCAGUCGCGCGGCUCUGGCACGGGCCGCCGCGUCCAACGGCUCCCCAAGUCGGCCCAUGCCCGGUCCAGCUACAGCGAACGGUGAUCAACACUGGCAAGGGCCGGAACAGCACUUCCAUUCCGCCACCUCCGACGAACGAUCCAUCUCGCAGGCGCCGUCGUGGCCGCUACCCCCCAAAAUGUCCUCGCAAAUGAGACGACGGCGGGAGCACCAGGUCCACGUGCCGCCGCCGAUUCGGGAACAGUCCUCGGAAAGGAGCAAAGCAGAGCCGCAUGGUCACGACAAUGGAGAGACGUCUUCUAUUACGAGUCGAGGAUCGGCGUUUACGGUCAGAAUCGAGGAGUGA